GAAGGGGGGCUUUUUUUGGCCGAAAAAAGACAUGGUGCGGAGCUCUAAAAAAUCGUAAACUCGAUGGCCAUGGCAGAGGAUUAUUGAAGCGAAUUCGAGCCAUUCCAAGGAUUAAAUCAUCUUCCCCGAUCCGAACACGCAGAGACAACCUCUGUGUUCGCGGUUUACGUCUCGCGUUUUCUCCAAAUCGAUCUUGUUCAUUCUUUCGUUACAAAUUUAUUUUGAUUGUGUAUUAGUGUUUGUAAUGAUGUUUAGAAACCUUCUGUGCUAUUUAAUUUGCAUUUAGUCGCAGGUUAAAGGUUUUUCCAUGGCAAGGGUUGUUAAGUUUGGAAUUGGGGAUUCUGGUUAUACGGAAAAUUGGCCAAAACCGGUGUUUCUGUUGGAUUCGUAAGAUGAUUUAUAAUUGAAUUGGGUUAUUCUCUUCCAUUAUUUGUUGGUAUUUUGCAGGUUGAUGGAUGAGAGGCCUAUAGUUACGCAUAGGAACCAUGUCUGAAAGACUGUACUAUUUUUCAGAAGAAAAAAGAAAACCAGACGAAGAAGAUGAUCUGUAGAAGCGCGUUUUGUUUUAAAAAAUAAUACUAUGCUUUUUAUAUAUAUUACUUUGUUCCAUACUAUCAUCAAUUAACGAAAAUGGUGCAGAUGGCAAAGGGAGUUUGUUGGUGAACCGAGGGUAGUGGGCUCGAAUCCAGCCAGGGCCAAAUGUAUUUUUUGUCAAUUCUUUGGUUUAGAGCAUUACAGAAUUCCAUGCUUUCUCCCAUACGAGGCCUAUGGUACACCCUCAGUUAACAGCCUUAAGAUCUCUCUAUCAUCCAGAUCUAACGUACAGCACUGCAUUCCUACCAUGGACAUUCAAAGAUCAUCCCUAUAGGAUUAAAACCAGAUGCCAUGAACCGGUUGUUGAGGAUUUUAGUUGCCAUGUAGAACAGCCUGCUAAGUUACAAUAUUGUAUCUGGAAGCAAGAUGUGGCCAACGGGAAGAUGGCUCAGUCAUGUCUUCUUGAAAUUCCUGAGCAUGUUGUGGCAAGUCGCUGGCUCCAUGGAGCAAGGUUUGUAGAUUUGGUUGACUGGGAAAGGGAAGUCAGGUAUGAAUGUGAAUUUCAUCAUACCGAAAAGGGUCAGAUGUUCUUAGGGCGUGGUUGGUACAAAUUUGCCAAGGAAAGGUGUCUGCUUGAUGGAGACUCUAUGGGCUUCAGCGUUAAGGAUCCCAUCAGCAAGGAGAUACUUGUAACAAUGUUGAAAAAUUGAAAAUGAUGUAAAAGUUUGUUAUAAGUAUCUAACUCUUUAACUUUUUGUAAUUUUCUGGUGGACUUAGGUCCACCUUUAUAUUAAUAUAUAAGA